UGGGAAAAAAACAGUAAGGCAGCAGCGUUGGGCGAGUGUUAAGGCCAAAUGAAUGCGGUACGGUAGCGGUGAAGUUGUUUCUAUUAAAAUUAAAGUACAAAAAAAUUUAAUUAUCAAAAUUAAGUCGAGUUCAUUUACAUUUCAUGGGCUGUGAUCUUAGCAAAUUGGCGAGUUCAGCUACGUCCAAUGAUGACCGUGGCAACAACAGUAAACACAAGGAUAGGCUGGAAGAGCCACCUAGUCCCGGGCCACCCGACCCUCGGCUACCCCUGACGGCAAAACAAAAAUAUAGUAUGAUAGCGUCGUGGAAAGGUAUAUCCAGAGCAAUGGAGCCAACUGGAGUAUAUAUGUUCAUUAAACUAUUUGAAGAACAUCAAGAACUUUUACAAUUAUUUACUAAAUUUGGAGAACUUAAAACCAAGGAUGCGCAAGCUAAUAGUAUGGAGUUAGCUGAACAUGCAAACAAAGUGAUGACUACUCUAGACGAAGGCAUUAAAGAGCUCGAUAACUUGGAUAACUUUUUCCAAUAUCUGACUCAAGUGGGCGCUACCCAUAAGACUAUACCCGGUUUUAAUCCAGAUUUUUUUUGGAAAAUCGAAGCACCUUUCUUAGAAGCAGUAAAAACAACACUGGGUGAUCGAUUUACAGAAAAUAUUGAAACAAUUUACAAAAUCACAAUCAAACUUAUAAUAGAAACGUUAAUUAAAGGUUACACCGAAAGUAGAAUUUGAAACGUCUUCGUUAACACGGUGUAAAUCAUAUCAUAAUAGUUUGAUUAUAUUCCAGUAAACAAAUACAUUUUACCAUUGAUUUUCGUGAUAAGUUUAAAAUCACGAAAUAAUAAAUUGAGCUCAAAAAGAUGAUAAUUGCGAGCAAAAUGUAUAACGAUUCCAUAAUGUCAAUUUGAAAUCUAAUAUAUAAUAAUUAGGUGUUUAUAUGAUAGAUUUAUAUAAUUAAAAUAUAAUGUUUAUAUUUGUAUGAAAUAAAUAAUGACACCUAAUUUAAUAUUAAAAAAAUUAAUAAUAUGUUAUAAAUGUAAUUAUAAUUGUUAUUUAUUGUUAA